GAAAGACGACAAACAAAAAUGGCGUCAGAGAAAUAGAGUAAAGACAGAGAGCACGGAAAUGGGAUGAAAAAAUAUGUUGGUUAGUCGCAGCUUCCUCUUCUCUCCGAUUAACAAACUCACCGUCUUCUCCCAAUCCCAACCCCAACACACUCGCCUUCUCUUACAGUCUCAUCGGAUUCACACUAUGGCAGCGGAGGCCGCCACCACCAACACCUCCAAUACGACGGCGAAGGCGGCGGGGAUGGACUUCCUGACGAAAAAGGUCUACACUCCUCCUCCUUGGGCGUCCCACAUCAACCCCAUCCCUUCUCACAGCUUCUCUCUCGGACACCUUCCGACUCCAAUUCACAAAUGGAAUCUUCCCAAUUUGCCCCCCAACACUGAGGUCUGGUUAAAGCGUGAUGAUCUUUCGGGAAUGCAACUGAGCGGUAACAAAGUCAGAAAAUUGGAGUUCUUGAUGGCAGAUGCGGUAGAGAAGGGUGCGGACUGUAUUGUGACGAUAGGGGGCAUCCAAAGCAACCACUGUCGUGCAACUGCAGUGGCUGCCAAGUAUCUCAAUCUUGACUGCUAUCUCAUUCUACGUACUUCAAAGGUUCUUGUGGACCAAGAUCCUGGACUGACUGGCAAUCUCCUGGUUGAGCGUUUAGUUGGAGCUCAUAUUGAUUUAAUUUCAAAAGAAGAGUAUGCAAAAAUCGGGAGUGGGGUUCUCACUAAUCUCUUGAAGGAAAAACUACUAAAAGAAGGAAGAAGGCCAUAUGUUAUUCCUGUUGGCGGAUCAAAUUCCCUCGGAACUUGGGGCUAUAUUGAAGCAAUACAUGAGAUUGAGGAGCAGCUUCAGAGUGGAAUAGACAAAGUAAAGUUUGAUGAUAUUGUGGUUGCUUGUGGCAGUGGGGGUACAGUUGCUGGUUUGUCAUUGGCUUCUUGGCUCAGUUCGUUGAAGGCAAAAGUUAACGCAUUUUCUGUCUGUGAUGACCCUGAUUACUUCUACGACUAUGUUCAAGGCCUACUUGACGGGCUUGAGGCAGGUGUUGAUUCACGUAAUAUUGUUGACAUUCAGAAUGCCAAAGGUCUGGGCUAUGCAAUUAACACAUCUGAGGAGAUUAAUUUUGUCAAGGAGAUUGCUGCGACCACUGGGAUUGUUCUUGAUCCAGUUUACAGUGGCAAAGCUGCUUAUGGAAUGAUGAAAGACAUGGCUGAGAAUCCAAAGAAGUGGGAAGGAAGAAAGGUCCUCUUCAUACACACAGGCGGGCUACUUGGGUUGUACGACAAGGUAGAACAGAUGGCUCCGUUGUUGGGAAAUUGGCGUCGGAUGGAUGUCAACGAAUCUGUUCCUCGGAUUGAUGGUCUCGGGAAAAUGUUCUAAGGCUCGAGAUAAAUCAAAGUAGUGCUCAGUUUAUAGGGGUGAGAAGUCCUCAAAUCGAAGUGUAUGCUGUAAUGAAGGAUGCAUAAGAAAUUAGCUCAUAUUAAAUAAGAGUAGUGCUCAGUUUAAUGGAAAUAUGAUUGUUGUU